AUGUUCUAUUAUCCCAUCGUUCUUCAGCGUCAUACCGGCUGCUUCUCAACUAUUUGGUUGGCCGCUACCAAAGGAGUGAGAAUGAGCAGAAGAGAACUCCUUAAGGUCAACGUUGGGAAAACAUGUGAGGAUAUCAUAGAUUACGUCACAGUCCAGGUUCCGCCGUUGCACCCUGGGCUUCCUCGUCCUCGUUUUUCGCUCUACCUCUCCUCCCAGCUGCAGUACGGCGUGGUCAUCGUCUACCACCGGCAGUGCGCCUUCCUCCUGGAGGAGAUCCAGCAGACCAUUGAGCGUCUGCUGCGUUCAGAGAGACAUGUUCAAAUCGACAUGCAGGAACCGGACAGGCUGGCUCUGAAUAUGCCAGACUCGCUCUUCCUGAUGCAGGAGGCAGAGGGCGCUCUAGAGCCUUUCUUUGGAGUUAUGGGUGAAGGGUGCGAACUUCCCAGUCCUUGUAGGCUACCACAGUUUAUGGAAGCUGGUUCUCCAGAGCGCCCCCUGGUGACAAGUACAAAAGAUUCUCCAUUGAAAGGCCUCACUGCCUGUCCAGAAUCAAUAACCAUUAGAGAGAGUGAACCCAUUACCAUCUCUGCUGCAGAGUUUGGAGGAGCAGAGCUCCCUGAAGCCACAGUGCAAGAGAUAAAUAUGCUUAUGGAGCAAACUGACCGGUUCCUCGGAGAGGUGGAGGAGAAAGAGAAAGAGAGGGAAGCAGAGGAGGAGAGAACGAGAGAGCUGGAGGCAGCGAUGGUCUCUGUGGAUCAGCUGAAGGAGUCGGCCACGGGGGACAGCGUUUGGCUCCUGGACGAGGGGACGGGACGACCCGCAGAGGUUGCUGUGGACGCGGCUGUCAUGGAGAAAACCCCUCCGCCCGUGACCAUGCCAACCACAGCAGAAGCCAGUGAGAGAGAGAAAGAGCUGGAGAGCUCUAGUAGUGAGGUGUUCCUUCCUAAGAAAAGAGGUCGUAGGCGCCAGCUCAUUUUCGCUGACCGGGACACACAGAUUUCCCAGGAUGCACUGCGCGAACAGAUCAACCACCCAUUGGCUGAAACGCAGCCACUGUCUCAGGUGCUGGUGGAUACUCCUUGGGCAUCUCUGUUGUCAUUAGCAGACUUGUUCCAGUCCCCGUGCAGCUUGCUUUUCCACCCCGACCUUAAGUCGCUAUGGAAACGGUGCGAUAUUCCCGCCGCCCUCUCUCACCCCAGGAAGAGCCGUCCCGCCGAGGAGCCGAGCAAUACGUCUGAGAUGGACGGGGAGAGGGAGGUGGAGGAGAGAGAGAGGGAGCGAGGGAAAAGAGAGUCCAGCAUUAGAGAGGUGGUCAGGGAGUCUCUGGAGAGUGGUCUGCUCCUCUCUGAGUCCUCAGCUGCAUCUGACGUGUUGCUGGAGGUGUCUAAAGUAGAAGGAUCUCAGGAACUCGUCGCCCCCGGCAACAGAUGGUCUCCUAUUGAAGAGGCUCCAGUCCGUAUGACUGCGAUCCUAGAGGAGCAGGUGGAGAUGCCAGAGAAAGAGAUUACACUUGACAUAGGAGCACUCUCUACACACAACCUAUUGAGUAUGUUAAAGGGUUAUAUCCAGCACUUUGGGAAAGUUCCCUUUCGCUCACUUCUGCCCCCAGAGGCCAAACGAAGUACAGCAGCCCAUGUGUUCUACAGUAUACUAGAGCUGCUGUGUGAGGGGCAACUGAGAGUGAGUCAGGACGAGCCGUAUCACUCCAUCACCGUUACCCUCGGACCUCUACACACACACUCCUGA